AUGCUCGUGUUGCUGCACUUUGAAAUUAGAGCCUGUUCAUCAAAAGAAAAAGUUCGCAAGAAAACCGAAAAAAAGAGCCGCAGCGCCAUCGGUAGCAUAUGCCUUUUCCCAUCUGACACUGGUGGCGUGUGCCGAGUAGUACUCGACUGCUCGCUUGCGCUCACACACUGGACACGUCGAGCUCUGGUUAGGCAUAUUCCGCGUCGAAGAAUGACCUUUCUUCAAGCUCCAGUCACGUUUUCAAAGGCGCGUCCGCGACCUUGUCGGGGGUUUGUGUCACCACAUCCUGAGUAUACUCGGAACGCGAGUCGUUUCUCUCAACGAGUUCCGUUGGAACGUCGACGUUGCCGCGUGCAUACCGUGCUUCGACUCGAGCUGUCGGGUGACGCUUUCGACAAAUUUGGAGACAGCUGUAGAGAGACACCUGCUAUAACUGCAACGCCGGGCGAGCAGCGUGAGUCGGGGAGUUUUCGCGAGCGCUACGCUUCGCGCCUGCCUGCGUGGCUCCUCACCCGCCUCGAGUCGGUCGGUUUUCACCGUUAUACGCCUAUCCAGAAAGCAGCAUUGGACCAUUUUCUGGGUACAGACGAGUCAGCACAAGGCGAAGAGCGCGCCAGGGACGCUGUCGUUUUCGGAGAAACCGGCUCCGGCAAGACUCUGGCAUACCUCAUUCCGCUGCUGGCCACCGUGAAGCCUACCCGUUCAGCAGUGCAAGGCCUCGUGAUUGUCCCUACUCCGGAACUCGCUGUGCAGGUAUAUCGCGUUGCUCGCCGUCUUGCUGUGGGAUACCUAGCCACGACAGCACCUGCAUCGUCGUCAGUGCCACGGCGCGACCGUUUCCUUAUAGGCAUUGCACUCAACGAGGCUAGUGUCGAUCGACAACGUCGCUUCUUUCGGAACGCACCGCCGAGAAUCCUCAUCGGCAUCGCGGACCGCAUUGAGGCUCUUGCGAGAUCCAACAAGCUCCGUCUGCACUCCGUCCGCAUGGCCGUUAUAGACGAGGUUGAUGUGAGCGUCGGGGAGCCCGCCUACCGGGCAAGCCUUCACGCGCUCCUGAACGUGUACUGCAUGUCGAGGAUCGAGGGACGGCGCACCACAGUGUUCGUUUCGGCAACGAUCCCCCAGUAUCGACAUUUCAUGGACUAUGCACGCCAGCAGGGAUGGAUGGAUGGCGACAUCAAAAUCCUCGCAACAAAGUCGAGUCCCAUGGACGCCGCACCGCAGGUGCAAGCCGUCCAUGCCGCGACUCUCCGGGCCAACGCAGAGGAAACGCCCGCUUCACCGAACGGCCUGGAGUUGGCGUUGCAGCGCACGAACGCUCCAGGCGUCGCACAACUACCCGAACGAAUCGAACAUUUUUAUGUCAUCUGCACCGAAUCGCGAAAAAAGUUGAAAGCGCUUGCUUUCCUUCUCGAAAGGGAACGCCCUUCGCUUACCCAGGUCAUCAUUUUUUGCAGUGAAUCACGAAAUCUUGACCAGAUUGCGAACUAUAUCCAUGUACAGGGUCUUUUUACGGAAUCCGAAGUUGCAGUGUUGUCGACAGCGCUUCCGCUGCGACGCCGACGACUCGCUCUGGAGCGCUUUCGCUGCGGCGAGGUCCGAGCGCUUUUCUCCACCGAUCUGGCGUCACGCGGUUUGGACAUACCCGAAACGAGUCAUGUGAUCAACUUUGACUUACCCGAGACCGCAGAGCAGUAUGCCCAUCGAGUAGGACGCACGGGAAGACUCGGUCGGCGGGGUCGCGCGAUCUCGAUAAUCGUCCCUGGGGAACGAUUCGUGCUUCAGCGCUAUAGCAAUCGCUUCCGCAUCGAUUUCACGGAUUGGACCCAAACUUCCCAGAGCUGA